CAAAUGGUUAAUGUCAAAAAUCAAAAUCCCUCUCGGGAGGAUGUGAAUAGCUCUCGAAAAAGAACGGUUUAAUUUACUUAAAAUGUUUGAUAAAGUUUUCCAACGCGCGUUAAAGUUUCGCCUGAAGAAGACAUAUCCAACGAACAUAUAUGAUCUAACGCGCGGGGCGGCCAUCGCUGUCCGGCGUCCGUAUAGUGAUGAAGUUCGACGCGCUCAAGCUCAAAGUGUAGCGGCGCCGGGUCCAACGAUAUUCGACAAAAUAAUAUCGAAAGAAAUCAAAGCUGAUAUAAUUUAUGAGGAUGACCUUUGCCUUGCAUUCAACGAUAUCAGCCCCCAAGCACCGGUACAUUUCCUAGUUAUACCGAAGCGGCGAAUUGCUCGACUCCAAGAUGCCGUCGAUAAUGAUAAAGAGAUCUUAGGACAUCUGAUGUUAGUGGCGAGGUCUCUGGGCGCUGCGAGGGCGCCGGCUGGCUGGCGUCUUGUAGUAAACAACGGCCGCCACGGCGCCCAAUCCGUCUACCAUCUCCAUCUUCACGUCCUGGGUGGACGCCAGAUGGGAUGGCCACCAGGCUAACUUAUAACAGGUUAUAGAAGAAAUGAGAGGGGCGAUAUUUGUUUUAAGAACCUCUCAACGCUCAGUGCCUUAGCCUUUUUAUAUAGUAAAGGGUUCAAGAUAUAGCUUUGUAAAAUGUAGGCGUCCAUAAAGCACAAAGUUUUAUUGUAAUCAUUAUAUUUGACGUUUACUAUCAAAUGUUGCCAGUGAUUUUCAUUUUAAAUGCAAUAACGGUUUUUGUUUCUAACUCUAAAAGCCUUCUCAUUUCUUUUCAUACCUAAUUUGUUCUCAAUUGAAAGUUAAGUUACAAAUAGGUAUUUUUUACAUAGAAUAUCUUCCGCUUUUGUAAUUGCUCUUUUUAUUACUAAUUUCAAAGUAAUAUAUUUAAGAUGUUAUAAAAAUUGUCUUAACAUUUCAACAUCUAUCUUGUCUAUGUUAAUAGACUUGUCAUAGAUUAAAAAAUGUUGCGCUCAAAAAACGUCAAAGAAUGUACUAAAGAAAAAAAUGUGUCAUAAAUUUCGCCAUUAAAUAGUUGUAGUGGUUAGUUGGUAGUGCAAUAAUUUGGCCAAAUUAAUUCUAGAAUAGUCUUUUAUGUUAUUUUCUCUUUACUCUUUGGAAUGCCACAGUUUGAAGGUAGUACUUGUGUUUAAACAGAAAUUAUAAUUUUUCUUAUUCCAGUCUCACUGCCAAGACAUUAUUCCUAUAUUAAAUGUUCACUCUAAAUAUAGCCACUUAAAUAUACAUAAAAAAUAAUGAAUCUCAGAUUUACAAAUAUCUCAUACAAUACAAUCAAAUUGAUUAAAAUAGUCAAAAAUCUAGUCAGCCUUUUUGUUUCACAAAAAUAUUAUUGAUUUUAUUUGUACGCAUGUUUGUAAUAAUUUCUAAAAAAAAGUUUAAUUUUGAAAUAGAAAACGUUAAAUCCCCGUGUGUUGCCAUAACUAAUAUCUGAGACAAAAAAUUCAAACCAUUUCCUACCAAAAACCCCAACUCAGUAUGUUGCUUCUCAAACUGUGGUAUUAAAAAUUGUCUAUGAAUUUUAUCUUUUACUGUAUUCAAUUUUAACUUUUAAGAGGUACACACGGUAAAAAGAAAAACGUUUAUACCACAGUAACAAUAGUUAUAUAAAAAAAAUUAAUUUAUCAGUUUUUCAUCGAUAGUAUUAAUUUAUGAUUAGAAAAUGGUAACACCCAAAAAUUGAACUACCAAAAUAUUUAAUAGUUUUUCUUUUUACUGUGAUAUUAGAUUUAUAGUAGAUUAGUUUCGGGUGGAGGAGGGCUCGCUGCCAUCCUCUUGUUUUGCAAGAAACUAAGAGGAGAGGUCGCGGGUCCGUCAACAAAUUGUUAAGAAUUUAGUAAAUUAUUAAAUUCUGUAACCAAAGGAAUAAAUAUUUUGUUACUCGCA